UCACCUGUAGGCGCAGCGCCCUCACCUAGCCCAGGUGGCUGCCGAGAGCGAGCGAAGAAGAAGAGGAGGAGGAAGUGGGCGCAGCAACAGCAUGUCCGCCUCGGCAGUUUUUAUCCUUGACCUGAAAGGCAAGCCACUCAUCAGCCGCAACUACAAAGGAGAUGUGAGCAUGUCAGAGAUUGACUACUUCAUGCCGCUCUUGAUGCAGAAGGAGGAAGAAAGUGCCCUGACGCCACUCCUGUCCCGCGGAAAAGUGCAUUUCCUUUGGAUCAAGCACAGCAACAUUUACUUGGUGGCCUUAACCAUGAAGAAUGCCAAUGCCUCACUGGUGUAUUCUUUUCUCUAUAAAGUGGUAGAGGUCUUUUCUGAAUAUUUCAAAGAGCUGGAAGAAGAGAGCAUCCGUGACAAUUUUGUCAUUGUGUAUGAACUGCUGGAUGAGCUUAUGGAUUUUGGGUUUCCCCAGACAACCGAUAGUAAAAUUUUGCAGGAGUACAUCACUCAGCAGGGCAACAAGCUGGACACAGGCAAAUCCCGCGUUCCACCCACCGUCACCAAUGCAGUCUCCUGGAGGUCGGAGGGCAUCAAAUAUAAAAAGAACGAAGUCUUCAUUGACGUCAUUGAAUCUGUCAAUCUGCUGGUUAAUGCCAAUGGGAGUGUCCUGCUGAGUGAGAUUGUGGGCUCCAUCAAGCUGAAGGUCUUCCUCUCCGGCAUGCCAGAGCUGCGUUUGGGCCUCAACGACAGGGUGCUCUUUGAGAUCACAGGACGUGGAAAAAAUAAGUCUGUGGAGCUGGAGGAUGUCAAGUUCCAUCAGUGUGUGCGGCUGUCACGUUUUGACAAUGACCGGACCAUCUCCUUUAUCCCACCUGACGGAGAUUUUGAGCUCAUGUCCUAUCGGCUGAACACACAGGUGAAGCCCCUCAUCUGGAUAGAGUCUGUCAUUGAGAAGUUCUCUCACAGCCGAGUGGAGAUCAUGGUGAAGGCAAAGGGCCAGUUCAAGAAGCAAUCAGUGGCCAAUGGAGUAGAGAUAUGUGUCCCGGUCCCUAGUGAUGCUGACUCUCCCAAGUUCAAAACCAGCAUCGGCAGUGCAAAAUACCAGCCUGAGAAGAAUGUUGUCGUCUGGAGCAUCAAGUCGUUCCCGGGUGGCAAGGAGUACUUGAUGAGAGCUCACUUUGGGCUGCCCAGUGUUGAGAAUGAGGAGCUGGAGGGACGUCCGCCCAUCUCAGUCCGUUUUGAGAUCCCCUACUUCACAGUCUCUGGGAUACAGGUGCGGUACAUGAAGAUAAUUGAGAAGAGUGGGUACCAGGCUCUGCCUUGGGUCCGCUACAUCACCCAGAGUGGGGAUUACCAGCUCCGGACACAUUAGUCGUGAUCAUUGCAGAGCUGGACACCAUCAAGAAUGAAGAAGCCUGAAUGGCCCAAGAAUCCUUUUACUCUGUUGGCACUCUCUGAAGCAAAUUGUGUGUGUGUGUGUGUGUGUCUCCGUCUCCUCCUUCUCUCAAAAUGCCACCCUGCUCCUCUACCCAACCACAGCUCGAUUUGGCAGCACUUCUUCGGCUGGUUUGCCCAGUGCCUGCAGGGGGAAGUGAUGGCUCUGUGGUUGUUGCCUGAGAUGGCACCUGCAUUGCUUCCCUACCUGAGUGGCAGUGGACUUACCUCUGGCGAAACGCCGACCGGCUGUGCUUUGCCAGGACUCCUGGAUGGAGGGACUCUUCCAGGUGCCUUCCCUUCUUUCAGUACCUCUCUCCUUUAGAAGGUUCCACAGAACCAGUGGUGUCGCUUUGCUCCAAAGGUUUGGCUUGGCGUUCUCAUCAGGGGGAGAUGCGUUCGGCUUCACCUGCAGGUAGCAUUCACCUGAGUGUAGCAUUUGGCUCAGCCUGGAAGGUAAGCUGAGCUCUCCACAAGCACCUCGUUGCUCUGCAGGUUAGACUGGUGAAGAGAGAGGCAGGGAGAGCAUUGCCUGCCAUUGUGUAGAAGCUGGAACUAGAAGCUUCUGGGCACAAACCCACUGGGUGGCUGCAAGCAAGCCCCUUCCCCCCCCUCAGUCUGUUCCCUAAUUGUAUGAUGAGAAUAGUGGCUACCUCAUUUUUAAGAUUUGUGACCCAAAACUACUUCCCC